AUGGAGCAUCGCACAUUUCGAAUUGCUAUGGCCGCCCGCAUCAAGCUGUCUCGCUCGAUGUGGGACCCAGGUCAUCCAUGUCCGCCGGAUCCACAUGUGGGGGAGAGCGGUGUGGAGAAAAAGGUGUGGGGAAUUGUCCGACAUGGCGAACCUGGGCGAACCUGGUCCCUUGAGUGA